UUGGUCGUUUAUAUUUUUGCAGCGGCAUAUUUCGUGAUUCCUCUUCAGAGAUCUUCGUCUCUCAAUCUGUUCUUCCGCCGCCUCAACCCCAUACCCUAACCAUGCCUCGCGGCAGCUCCAGUGGAAGAUCUUCACGUUCAGUACCUCGUCCAGCAGCGGCUCGUAACCCCCCAACUCAGCCAGCUCACCAUGCUCCUCCCCCAGCUCCCGUUCAGAGUGGCAGUGGUGGCUCUCUGCUUGGUGGCAUUGAUUCAACCAUUGCUGUGGGCAUGGCUUUUGGAACUGGUGGUGCAGUAGCUCACAGGGCUGUGGAUGCCGUGAUGGGUCCCCAAACAAUUCAACAUGAAACAGUUGUCGCUGAGGGUGCUACUGCCGCCGCUGCACCAACUGCAAAUAGUCUUGGUAGCGAUGCCUGUGGUGUUCACACAAAGGCCUUCCAAGGUUGCCUGAACAGUUACGGGAAUGACACUAGCAAGUACCAAUUCUACAUGGACAUGUUAGCAGAAUGCAGGAAGAAUUGUGGAGCAUCAUUGAGUGCUUGA